AUGUGGUUAGCUCCUUAUUGCCAACCAAUCACAAGCUCACAAAUUUGUCACAAUUAUUCCACAGAGGUGGAGGCCACCGUCAACUGCCUGCUCAAUCUGCAUCUGUGGGCCUCCUAUGCCUGCCUCUCUCUAGGCUUCUAUUUCGACCACCACAGGGUGACUCUGGAAGGUUUGAGCCACUUCUUCCGUGAGUUGGCCAAGGAGAAUUGCCAGGGUGCCAAGCAUCUCUUGAAGAUGCAAAACCACUGCAGCAGCCACUCCGUCCUCCAAGAUGUGCAGAAGCCAUCUCAAGAUGAGCAGAGUAAAACCCUGGGUGCCAUGGAAGCUGCCGUGGCCCUGGAGAAGAACCUGAACCAGACCCUUUUGGAUCUUCAUGCUGUGGGUUCUGCCCACACAGACUCCCAUCACUAUGACUUCCUAGAGAGCCACUUCCUAGGUGAGGAGGUGAAACUCAUGAAGAAGAUAGGUGACCACCUGACCAACCUCUGCAGGCUGGCCAUCUCUGAGGCCGGGCUGGGCCAGUAUCUCUCAUGA